AUGGCUGGGACAACCCAUCUUCGCCUCCUAGCUCUCCUCGCGCUUCCCCCGCUCCUCCUCUCCUUGUCUCUCCUCGCUACCGCUUCCCACGUCGUCGACUUGACGCGUGACAAUUUCGCCGACUACGUAGGAGGCGAGAAGGCCGUGUUCGUCGAGUUCUACGCACCAUGGUGCGGGCAUUGCAAGAAGGUGGCACCCGAGUAUGAGAGGCUGGCAGCAGCUGUCAAGGACGUUGAUGCGCUGACCGUCGCCAAGGUGAAUUGCGGGGAGCACAAGGGGUUGUGCGACCAGCACAGCAUCCGCAGCUUCCCCACCUUCAGAUGGUUCCCCACCCACCAAACCACGCCUGAGAACUUCAAGGGCAGGAGGGACGCAGACGACUUUGUCAACUUUAUAAAUGACAAGCUAGGCACACGUGUGUCCCUACCCGGUGCCGUGUCGCACGUGGUGGCCCUGUGCACUGACAACUUCAACCACGCUCCUCUCGAUGACUCCCUGCAUGCGCUCGUCAUGUUCUACACGCAUGGGUCCCGACAGUCCAGAGGCUUGUUCCCUAUGUAUGAGAAGGUGGCGGCGGCAUUCAGGGCGGAGAGCAGUGUGGUGGUGGGCAAGGUGGACGUGGACCGAUGCCCCGAGCUCAAGCUCAAGUACAGCAUCAGCGUGACGCCAGAGCUGAUCUGGUUCCCGCGGCACAACAAGGUGGGCGAGGUGUACCGCAAGGCGCGCUCCGUGCGGGACCUAGUGGCCUUCAUCAACCAGCAGGCCGGCACCUACCGCACCAUCGAUGGCACCCUCUCCCCUGCGUCAGGGCGGCUACCAGCCUUGGAUGACCUAGCAGAGGAGUUCUUGGCAGCAGUGGGAGAGGCAAGAGGGGCGGUCAUGGCACGGGCUGAGGCCGAGGCAGCUCGGAUGGACGAGGAGGAAAGGAAGCGUGCAAUGGUGUACGUGAAGCUCAUGGGCAGCAUCAUGGAGCAGGGCGAUGGGUACGUGGGCAAGGAGAUGGGCCGACUCUCACGCCUGCUGCAAGGGUCCCUGUCGCGGGAGAAGGCAGACCAGUUUGUUGGCGUAACAGAGUUGUUACCAGUUUCUUAUCAGACGUAUGUUGAGCUUGAGCCUAUUUGCGACCAGGGACGCGCGCAGGUUCGAUUGGAUGACAUCAAUCAGCUUUGGAACCUCUCCCCUUCUGUGUGGUCGCCUGUAGCGGUGAGGGAGGCGCCCGGGUGCAUUCUGACUCUCGACUCGCGCUACAACCCCCAGGGGGUGCUGGCAGUGGAGGCGGCUGUAGCGCAGCUGCUGAGGGACCUUGGGGUGGACGCGGAGGGGGCAGGGGGAGAAGGGAUAUGGGGGGAGGGAGUUGGUGGUGGAUGCGGAUGGGAGGGAGGAUCAGAGGAAGAUGUCUAUAUGGGUGACUCUGGCCGUCAACAUGUGCGGAUUCUGCAGGAGCAGCUGGCAUGCUGCUGCAAGUGGGCCUUGUUUGUCGACUCAGAUGCCUACAUUCGAAUGAACCACCACCGCCUCUCCAUUGAAGCCUGGAUCCAAAAAAUCAAGCAACCCAACUACUUCAACUGGCUGCUGGAUGCCAAACUGACAGAUUCCCUGGACGGCCAGGUGUGGAUCCCACAGGACCCCGCCCUGCUGCUACAGCCAGCCACUGCACAACAGCUGGAGGGACCCGUGGUUCUGAUGCCACGCAACGGGGACGCGCACGCUGGGUUUCAUGGGACUGCCGAUGUGCUGUUAAUGGAGAACCAAGACUAUUGCAAUUCUGGGGUGCUGCUCUUCAGACGGUCACUGGACUCUUUCCAGUUCUUGAAGCAGUGGUACACGAUUCCAGAAUCAGGCGAGCACUAUCGAUACAACCACGAAUGGGAGCAACCAAACCUGAAUGCCGUAGCUCUCCGGGAGCAAUGGAAGGAGAAGGUGAUAGUGGUGCCGUAUGCCGAGCUCACAGGUCCUGACGGAGCCAUGAUUCGCCACGUGUGGGGUGGUGUGCCUGAGGGGGCACAUCACAGGGUGUCGAUGGAGGCUCUGGAGGAGAUCAUGGGGUUGCCGUGGUAA